AUGAAGACCACAGCUACCGCGGCCAUGGAGACACUGCUGAAUGUACCACCGCUCGACCUGAUAAUUCAGGCUAGAGCCUUCGCCACGGCGGAUCGGUUGGUGCAAAAUGGCUUGUGGACUUCUAACUUCCGGGCAGGGCAUGGGAAAAUAUGUGGCGUGGUAGAAAGCCCAGUUUUCGGUAUGCCCAGAGACCGGAUGACACCGGUGAUUGACUUCACGAAGCGAUUCGACGCUACCUUCUUAGGCAGAGCAGACUGGCUUAACGGCUGGCCUACUGGCCUAUCAAGGGGAAGUAAAGUCAGAUUCACUGACGGUUCGAAAACUCCAAAUGGAACAGGAGCUGGAGUGAAAUACGCAGAGGGUGGCCAGUUUACCAAGGACAUUAGAAUUGACGGAAAAGUUGUCAUCGUAACGGGCUGCAAUUCUGAUGGAAUUGGCAAGGAGACAGCUCUCGAAUUGGCUAAAAGAGGAGCACGAGUUUAUAUGGCAUGCCGAAAUUUCAUUAAAUGUGAAGUGGCACGCCGUGAAAUUAUUGAACUGAGCAGAAAUAAGAAUGUGUUUAAUUUAGGUUUGGACUUAACUUCGAUUGAAUCUAUUAAAACGUUUGUGAAAGAGUUCGAAAGCAAAGAGCAAUCGUUGGACAUUUUGAUCAACAAUGCUGGUGUGUACGGACUUUCGAAAAGACUUACAGUGGACGGUCAUGAAAUUACGUUCGCAUCCAACUAUCUGGGACACUUUCUUUUAACAAAUUUACUUUUGGAAAAACUUAGGGCAUCGGCACCCAGUCGAAUAGUCAAUGUAUCCAGUUUUGUUCACAAAUAUGGCAUAAUAAAUAAAAACGAUUUGCAAGGGGAGAAGGUAUUUACCGAAGCAGCAGCUUAUUGCAACAGCAAACUUGCGAAUAUAUUGUUCACUCGUGAAAUGGCGAAACGAUUAGCAGGUACCGGCGUCACGUGCAAUUCACUUCACCCAGGCGUCAUUCGAACAGAAAUUGGAAGAAACAGUCCAUUAUUCUUCAAUUUUAUGUUCAUAUUUGGAUUUUUGAUUUAUAAAACUGUUAAAUCGGGAGCACAAACUACUUUAGCCUGUGCAAUUGAUCCGGAAUUUAUCGAUGUAACCGGGAAGUAUUUCUGUGAUUGUAGCAUUGCAGAAGAGAGCAAAAUAGCACAGGACGAUGAAAUUUCCGAGUGGUUGUGGAGAACAAGUGAAAAGCUUACUGGGAUGGCCGAUUAAAUGAAAAUUCAAAGAUCUAACAAUACAGUCAGAGGCAGGGAAAAUUAAGCAUGAUUUUGCUUCAGCUGUUUUUCAGCUGAUUCACAGGUACAUGUCGUUG